AUGCCAGCUGCAUUGGACCAGACGCUUGAUGAGAUGAUCGAGACCACGUGGGACAGCAAGGGAAACACAGGAAAGGGAAAGUUGGGGAAGGGCAAGGGCAAGGAAAAAGGCGAGAAUGGCUAUGGUGGCUAUGGUGGCUAUGGUGGCUAUGGUGGCUAUGGUGGCUAUGGUGGCUACGGCUACGACGGCUACGGCCAUGGCUACGGCGGCGGUGGCUACGGUGGCUACAACAACUUCCACUUCAAGGGUAAGGGAAAGGCCAAGGCCCGCUCGACGACCUCGACUACCUCGGGCACCUCAGGGAAGUUGGACAUGAGCCUGGAGGAGCUCCUGGACGACACAGAAGGCAAAAGCAAAGGCAAGGGCAAAGAGGGCAAAGAGGGCAAAGAGGGCAAAGAGGGCAAAGAGGGCAAAGGCUCCUAUUCUUGGGACUGGGACUCGAACGCAAGCUCCGGAUCUUGGGGUAAGAGCUACGGCAAGAGCUGGGGGAAGUGGAGACCAAAGGGGGACUCCUUCGACUUCAAUGGUGACAAGGGCAAGAGUUGGGGCAAAGGCAAGGAGGGCAAGGAGGGCAGGGAGGGCAGGGAGGGCAGAGAUGGAAGUUCGGGCUCGCCAUCGGGCUCGCCGUACUGGAUGGAGCAUGAUGACUGGCGCGGUGAGCCAGAGGAGGAGGGCAAAGGAAGCAAAGGUGGCAAAGGCGACACCGCUUUCACAUACGGUACAUACGAUUACGGAACCAGGUACGAAGCGAAGGGAUGGGGCAAAGGGAAGGGUGAUAGCCAGGGCGUUUGGGCACGAAGCCUCCGUGACACUCGCGAUGCUCGUGAAGAACGAGGUGGCCAUGGCGGCCAUGGCGGCUAUGGCUACUCAGGUACCAGCAGCUACGCCGGCUACGCCGGCUACGCCGGCUACGCGGUGGGCCGGCCGGGGAUGUGGAGCCGCGUGGAUGCUGAGGAGCGGCGCUUCGAGGAGCGAAUGCCUCGUUUGGAGAGCCGAUUGGAUGGUCCGAGGAGAGACGGCCGAGAGGGUGCCUCUCGCCGAAACGAGGCCCGUGAGCGCGUGGAGCGCGCGGAGCGCGCGGACCGCGUGGAGCGUGUGGAGCGUGUGGAGGAGGCCCCUCCGCGCAAGCGAGGAAGGCCGGAAGAGGACACGGCGCCCCGCACCCGCGCGCGGACAGCUCAAGCGGCUCCCAAGAGGAUUAAGGUCACCAACAUUCCCAAGGAACUCAAAGCAGCCGAUGUCAGGGAAGCCUUUGAAGCAGAGACAGGAAAGAUUACACUUUGCGAGCUGUCCAGAGGAACGUGCCGCAUCACAUUUGCGAGAGCAAAGGAUGCCCAGCAGGCCGUGGAAACAUUUGACCGUGGCGAGCUCAACGGCAAAGUGAUUUCGGUCAUGUUGGAGGACUGA